AUGACUGAACCCAAGCAGCCGGCAACUGCUGGUCCAGACUCGCCCUCUUCGAUCUCAAUGAACGAGAAAUCCGACACAUACGCAGCAUUUUCCAAGGAAGACUUUCUAUCCCCAGACUUUCGCUCUGAUCAUAUCAACAUCAUCGUGCGUGAAGGCAUCAUUCUUGGGGCAGGUGCUCAGGCCAUUCUACUCCAAGUUGCCAACGCAGGUGUUGGAGCGGGAGUCAACGAGCACAGUAAUUUUGCGUACCGUGUCCAAGACAGACUGCGGACCACCAUGACAUUCGUAUAUUGCAUGAGCUUCGGCACGCCCCAGGAGAAGAAGACCAUUGUCGACAUGAUUACAGCGGUGCACAAGAACGUCACAGGUACACUCAACGAGGGCCGAGACAAGGGCAAGACAUACAGUGCCUUGGACCCCAAGCUUCAGUUGUGGGUUGCGGCGACAUUAUACGCGACCGGAUUGCCCAUAUAUGAGCGUGUAUUUGGCAAAAUCACAAACGAAGACCUGCACGAGAAAAUCUACCGCGAGUACUCGAUCCUCGCUUGCGCCCUCCAAGUACCACCAGAGAUGUGGCCGCGGACAAGGAAGGACUUCUGGGCUUACUGGGACCACGAGAUUGCGACGAUCGAGGUGACUCAGCAUGCAAGGGACAUAGCCAAAGACCUGCUCUAUCUGAGACAAGCACCCUGGCAUAUCCGAAUGUUGACCCCAGCUGUUCGUCUCUGCACCGCUGAGUGGUUGCCUGAGCGUAUCAGAGCAGAAUAUGGCGUCAAAAGACACCCUAGACGCUACAGGAUGUUGGAGCGUCUAGUCAGAGCAACAUAUCCAGCUCUGCCAUUGAGCGUUCGCAGCUACCCUGUUAAGCUAUACAUGAAUGACAUGAGGGAAAGACUUGCUAAUAAGCGAGCUGUUAUCGGGAAGGAUGCGUAG